AGUUGUAGGUGUGAACUGUUUUUAUUGGGAACUGAGUCCUUUCUGUUGGUGUUCUGAACCCACUUCUGGCCAAUAUCUUGGCCCUCUGCACGGUCUGUGCGAACUGUUACGCUGCUGUUGGAGCGGCCGAGACCCGCACAGCCUCCUCCCGCCUUCCCAGACGUCGCUGUCAAAUGUAACGUCGAGUCACGUCAGGGAGAGAAAAGUAGAACGUUGCGCACUUCAAACGCGCGCUUAUCGCAGGGAAGCGCCACCGCAGUAAUGGCGACUCGUUAACUUCCGGUACUUCGCCGCGUGAGACUAAAAGAUGAAGAAGAAGAGCUAAACUCGCGGAAGUGUCGACAUCGUUUUGUUUACGUCGCCACUGAGGAUAACCCGCACCAGCUGGCAGACGUGCGUUAAAGGAGGUGUUUGUUGUUGCCCUCCUUCUUCAUUCAGCGGCGAUGGCCGGUCACGGUCUGAUGGAGAGCGACCCGGAGUCUUUGGACUACUCCGUUCACGAAGCGUGGAACGAGGCUACCAACGUCUACCUGCUGGUCAUCCUGGUUAGCUUCGGGCUGCUGAUGUACGCCAGAAAAAAUAAGAGGAAGAUCAUGCGUAUCUUCGCCCUGCCUCCCUCCGCGGGCAGCAUCCCAGAACCCAACUUCUACGACAGCCUGCAGAAGGUCCGCCUGCGGCAGCAGCUGGAGAUGUACUCUCUGGCCAGGAAGUUUGAUCAGCAGCAGCAGCAGCAGCAGCAGCAGCAGCAGCAGGGCCAGACGGAGAGCGUGCAGCUCUCCAUGGAGUGAGGCGAGGAAGGCUGGCACCGUUUUUCCUCAGAAGCUCAAGGGCUCUUCAAAACCACUCUUUCUCGACUGUGAUGGAGUUCCCGGAAGCCCAGGCAGGGCUGUUGUCACCUGCUGGUGACUGAAAAACUUGAUGCACUUAAAGCAGCCAUGUAUGUUUUGAAUCCAUGAAAGGGCGUGUGUUUAUUAUCUUCAUUUAUCCCCUCCUCCUCUCUGCUCCUGGGGAGGCUGAAUGGGAGUGGGUUGGGCGGCGUGCGGCAUCUUGUGCCGGUCUGCAUUUCUGAAAUAACAUGCAGUGAUGUCAGCGUCGACUUUCGGAGAUUUAUCAGACCGGGUCAACGAUCCGACCAGAGGAACCUGCCACGAGCAGCGCCAGACGGUGUAAAUGCCGUGUCGGUUUGAGUUUCUCUGGUUUUCUGGGUGACGCCUGUUACUUAAAUGAUUCGUGAAACGAUAAAAUCCUUUUGUAUUGUAAUGUCAGUUUGAGAAGUGUGUUGCGGUACAUUUCACACGCCAGUUUUGAUGAUGGAUGUAGGUUUACUUCUACCUGGUGGUAAAAUCUGUAUAGUGUCUUUCAGGUCUUCCCUGUGAACAUGAGACAUAAAACAAGUGAA